UUGACCACGAAGAGCUCUAGACCCCAUUUUCUUCCAUUAUUUUCUUUAAUUCUUCUCCUUCUUUGCAGUUUCCUUAAAACCAAAUUUCACCAUAAAAAACCUCCUACUUUAUUGACCUCACUUCUAACCCAAUAUAUCACUAUUAUUAUUACUAAAGUGUUCAACCAUAUAUGGUUGCCAGUAGUUGACUUGAAUGCAGGAUUUGCAAGCAAGUAACUAACUGGUAUGGCAUUCGGAAGAAAUAGAUCAACAAAAAUGGGACCUGAAGAGCCUGAACAGAACAUCACUCACAUGGAUGCUUCGCUGUAUAAGGCAGCAGUAGAAGGCAACAUUGAAGAAUUCAAUAAUAAGCAGGGGCCUCAGCUUGAGUCGCUAAAGACCCCAAACCAUGACAACGUGCUCCAUCUUAACUUGGCAACCCAGGAGAAUGCUACCUUGCUUUUUAACAUAUUUCUCUCAAUAAUCAAAUUCUUCCCCGUACUAUAUGGAUGCUUCUCUCCGCCUAUGCGUGAUUUAAUUACUAUUAUAAGAGGAGAAAAAAGAUCAGAUUUUAUCGAACAAAUUCUCAGCAAGUGUCCGUCAAUGCUACUCCAAACGAAUGCUAAAGGCCAAACUCCUUUGCACGUUGCAGCAAGGUAUGGUCAUUCUGCUAUUGUGAAACUUCUAAUCAAGUCUUGUGCAAAAGCUAGAGAUGGAGAUUUAGAGAAGCUGGGAAUGGAUCAAGUAAAUGCAGUGAGGGGGAUGCUGAGGAUUAGGGAUCAGGAAUCCAACACGGCUUUACAUGAAGCAGCACGAUGUGGCAAUGUUGAAGUGGUAAAAGCAUUGUUGGAGUUUGAAGAACCUGAUUUUCCGUAUUCUGCCAAUAAAAAACAGGAGGCUCCACUUUACAUAGCUGCUAGGAGAGGAGACGGAGGCAUGCUGAGUAUACUAUUAGAUAAAUCAAAAUCAACAGCUCAUGGCGGCCCCCACGGUAGAACAGCUUUGCAUGCAGCAGCUAUGGCUGGAGAUGCAGAGGCAAUAAGGAUAAUAUUAGAGAAGAAGGGGAAUUUGACAAAGGAAAGAGAUGAAGGUGGACACACCCCUCUUCAUUAUGCUGCACACUUGGGUUCUAGAUUAUCAGUUGUGGAAGAACUGUUAAAAAGGGAUGUUUCAGCUGCCUACAUAGGUGAUAAAAAGAGGGGGAUGACACCCCUUCUUAUGGCAGCCAGGCAAGGUUAUGGUGGAACAUGUUCAAAGAUUCUCUCUUUAUGUCCAGAUUGUUGCGAAAAAGUGGACAACUAUGGUUUGAAUUUACUUCAUUAUGCGGCUUUUAGAGACUCUGUCUUCCCACUAGGGAGUUCUGUUUUCAAGCGUGGUGGUGCUGAGAUUGUAUAUGGAUCAGUUAGAAAUCUAAUGGAGUUGGAAGGUGCCUUUGGAAUCACACCUCAGGAAGCUCAUAAUACAGUUCGAUCUAUGAAACAACAUCAUAAACAGAAGCAAAUCAAAGAAUUGUUGGAAGAAUUGGAGAACGAUCAAGUGGCAGAGGAAGCCGUUCGUCACUUUCGCUUACCAAAUGUUUCUACAGAAACAUUGGAGGCUAUAAGAAAUACUCAUUUAAUAGUGGCAGCACUUAUAGCCACCGUCACCUUCGCAGCGGCAAUAACUGUUCCUGGUGGUUUGGAGAGUGAAAAAGGGUCAAAGCAAGGCACUCCCUUUUUGAUUCAUGAGGCAGCCUUUAAAGUAUUUGUUGUAACAAACGCAUUGGCCUUUAUUUUCUCUGUUUCUGCCCUCUUCAUCUACUUUGGGGUUCUGGAUAAUCUAUUAUCAAGAUUUAAAUUUUGGCGUCAAACAGUUUUAUAUCGAACUCGGUCUGUUUCUGGGCUUCUUGGCUAUGCAACGCUCGCGAUGAUGAUUGCUUUCAGCACAGGCAGUUAUGUGGUCUUAAAACCUUCCGACGGACUUGCCAUUGUUUCAUAUCUCAUAUGCCCUGCCUUCUUUUUCGUUCUGCAUUUGACUAUUUUUGAUUACUAUAUUAGUAAGAUAAUAUUUCAUCGUUGAUUACAAUAUUUUUCCAAUUCCUAAUGUCAAUGUUACCUCUUUGAAGAAAUAUUACUUUAAUAUUAAUAAUCUCCA